AUGUCUGUGAAAAUGACAGCAGCCCUGCUUCUGCUACAGCUGAGUGGCCUCUUUGGAUCUGGGAAUGGUGGGAAUGUGUUGGUGUGGCCAAUGGAAUACAGUCACUGGCUGAAUCUAAAGAUUAUACUGGAUGAACUUGCACAGAGGGGUCAUGAAGUAACAGUUCUGAGACCUUCAGCUUCCAUCUUUCUUGAUCCCCAAAAGUCACCUGACCUGAAGUUUGAGAGUUUUCCUACAUCUCUCAGUAAAGAUGAUCUGGAUGAGGUUUUUCUAUUGUUUGUGAAUAAAUGGAUUUAUGAGAUACCAAGAGAUUCAGGUUUAUCACACUCUCCUUUGCUACAGAAUGUGUGUGAGAGAUAUUCUGACAGUUAUCUAAGUCUUUGUAAAGACACAGUUUCAAACAAACAACUGAUGAAAAAACUACAGAAAUCCAAGUUUGAUGUCCUUUUAUCGGAUGCCAUUGCUCCCUGUGGGGAGUUGAUAGCUGAACUGCUCCAGAUCCCUUUUCUAUACAGUCUUCGCUUUUCUCCUGGCUAUACAAUGGAAAAGUACAGUGGAGGAUUGCUAGUCCCUCCCUCUUAUGUACCUAUAAUUUUGUCAGGACUAGGGGGUAAAAUGACAUUCAUGGAGAGGGUAAGAAAUAUGAUAUGUAUGCUUUAUUUUGACUUUUGGUUCCAGUUAUUUAAUAAAAAGAAAUGGGAUCAGUUUUACAGUGAAACUUUGG